UUCAGCCUGUUCUUGUAGUAAACAGUCAGGUUUAUGUCCUGUGCAGAUUUCUUUUCAUAAAGCGUGUGAGCCCUAGAAAUACCACAUUAUGGGGUACAGUGCUGAGGAUCAAUUCUCCCUACAAGCUGGACAUUACAGCAGAACUGAUCUCAGGAUGAUUGCAUGUGCACUUGGGUUUCCCAGUGACUCAUUAGAGAGUUGUGUUCCAUCUGGAUCUUUCAACAAAGGAGGAGUCUGCUCCAAGGAACUGCGAAGGCUUUUGGAUCUGGGCUAUUUCACGUCUGCUUUUCAUUUUACUUACAACAUGAAGAGUGGUUUAUACACUGUAAAGUUGAUUCUUAAGUGCCUUGAUCUACUUGAUAGACAUGCUCUCAGCUUUCAUGAUAUACGAGAGGCAAAAGUGGCCUUUUCUGCAUAUGAACACAUUGAUCAGAAGGGGGUUAGAUCAGACACCAAUAUCCUGCUGAAAGUUAUUAAGAUGUGUGGAUUUGUCGUGUCCCCACAGAAGUUGUCUAUGUAUCUGAGGCAAAAAGAACCAACUUAUGUGGAGAAUGGAAGAGUUCAGCUCUAUGAAUUUCUAGAAAUGCUGGCAAUAUGUGAACCAAGGAAGAAGUUUUCCAUCCAGGAAAAAAGGGUACAAAGUACUGACAAGACAAGCAGAGGUGUUUACCAGAUGGAUGACAUGAGAACUUCCAUGUUGACUCCAGAUGAGAAGCUAUCACGUCAUCUCAAUUGGAGGUUUCAACAUGUAGACAGCUGGAUGUUACCCAAAGAGACCAUUGCAGUGGUAAAAUCCAUUUCCUCCAGCAAACUUCAACAGACUGAAAACCUUAAUGGAACAAGGCCACAGCAUCCAAAGAGCAAAAGUGAUUGCUCAUUAGUGAACCCUACAGAAGAUACAUGGACACUUGUUACACCAGUUCCUCAAUUGCGGUGUCACUGCUAUACACCCAAAAGAGUAUCCUCUAUAGUCUCUGUGCAAGAUAUUAAGAACACACAGAACAAUAUAGAGGAAUUGCUGUAUCAGAUAGGGACAAUGGAUGAAAAGUCUCAUUGGGAUCUUAACUGGAGGUUGGAUUACUAUCUGCCUGGCUAUAGAGACCGCUCCUCCGCAAGACAAAAAACAGUGGAGCCCCAGCCUGUACAAUGUCACAAAAAGGACAAAAAUACAGAUGUUUUUCAGCGGCUAUAUGUUCCAAGAAGAAGGCUCCCAUCACCUUGCCAUGCCAUGACUUGUGAUGCUUUCAAAUUAGGAUUAGGUAAGAAGAAUGAGCACAAAAGACCAGAAUGGUCAAGAUCAAGUAUUUCUGGAAAACGAAAAGCCUUGUCUCUAAGGUCUUCUACAUCUCCAAAUAAGUAAUUGUGGGGCAAUGCUAUACAAAAUACAGAACGUUUGUACCCUGCCGAAGAAGACUAACCACAUACAUAGUAUUCUUGUACAAAUUUCUGUUGACUAUGUGGAUAUAUGUUUUUCCUAAAGAGAAUAUAUAAGUAUUUUCUUUUUCUUAGAGGCUCUCUCUGUAUCUGAAAAAGUCAUUAAGAGCGGGCAGAGUAGGAGUGGGGAGAGUGAGCUCUGUAACACAACAGACUCUUCCUUCAUCAAAGUAGUUAAGAGCUACCUAGAAAUGUGAAAAGUUUAUAGGCAAUAUGCCAUAUUUACCUAAUUAAAAUUUGAAACAAAAAUAUA